AUGCGUGCUGCGCGUGUAGCGAACGAUGCGGACGUGCCGCAGGAAACGCCCAGCUACUUUGCACAGCGUGGUGAGAACGAUCUACCUGUAGCGACGCCUGCACAGCUCACCACGCCACAAGCCGAGCACUCGCUGCUCGAGUUCGACGACGACCCAAAGAAGCGCAUGGAGUGGCAGACGAUGCUGCGUUCCAUGCUGGAGAGCGAGGUGCUGAGCUCGGAAACGAAGCGGAUUGCGUCCGCAGACAGGUCGUCGCCGCGCGAGUUUAUGUACCAGCUAUGGCUCAACAUACGCGCCGUGCAGUACGGCGAUGCUGCGCUGCACGACCGCGCAGAGCGCGAAGAGAGAGAGGUCAAGGCGCUGCGUGCGAUGCUCGUUCCCGCACUGGUGCAGGAUAUCCUCGCGUACAAAGCCGACGGAAGUACAGAGCCCGAUGCGGCGGAGCGGACGAUGGGCCAAGUGUCUGCGCUGCUGGAGCGCGUCGAUACCCUCGACGCGCUCUUUCCCGCACGUCGUGUCCUCUUGCACGAGUUUCCCGAUUGGGCUGCGCCGCAUUUGCAGCACAAGCUGGAGGCGCUGUACGCGUGGUUCAACACCACGCGCUCGCUGCGCGAACAAGGCCAUCUGCUUGCGCAGUGGAGCGGCUCGUUUAAAGAGCUCGGGAGCAAACAGCGCGCGAACAUGGGCGGGGAGCUCGUGCGCGAAGCGCUCUUUUUCGAAAGCGUCUUCCGCGAAGCGAACCUGCACGAGACGUUUGAGCCACGCACGCUGCACUCGCUCAACAGGCUUGUGCUCAAAGCCAACGGCACCCUCCGUGCUUUCCACACACAGUUCGAGGCGAUGCAGUUGCCGUCUUUCGAGCGCGAUGUCCUGCCGCUCAUCCAGUUUCCCAUGUGGCUUGCCAAAGGCGCGCUUCAGCAGCGCCUCGAGUACUCGGACAAGCUGCGCGAGCCGAGCUUGCUCCUCGUCGAGUCGCUUUCCGAUGAUUUGCGCGCGACCAUUGCGCUGGCGUGCCGCAUGAAGAAGCAGUAUAUGUGCAAUACCGUCCCGGAGCAGUACCGCGGCUGGGACUUGCCGCUGGAGUCAGACGAUGCGUUCGACGCGACAGUAUGCUCCGCGCUUCACUUCUUCUUCCGCCUCUUGCAUUUCCGCCUGAAAAGCAACAUGCAGUCGAAAGAAAUCGACAUGCUCGAGCCAGAGUGGGACUUUUUCUGCUCCGCCGUGUCGGUCAUCCCCGGCGGCGACACGAUUGUCGCGCAUAAAACAGCGCGCAUGACCAACCGACUGUUUGCACGGAUCAUUGCACCGUUCCAGCGCGAGUUGCAGCCGCCGCAGCCCGGCACACCGCAGCGCAGCGUGCAAGAAACCACGCGCACGGUGCACGGCGUGUUUAACAGCGAGCGUGUGCGCAGCAGAAAGCUGCUUGGCUUUGCACGCAAGGUGCGCGGCCGCCUCGAGAACGCCGCCGAGUACGAUUUACGCUCGCUGCGUGAGCGCGGCGCGUACGACCUAAGCACUUUUAUGCAAACGCUUCUCAAGGCAGACUACUUCCUCGUGUACACGGGCAGCUUUGAGGAGCACGGCGUGUACAUCUUGGCCGAGCCGAGCCUGCACAACAAGCCGUACAUGAUCCACGACCUCUUGUUCAAGUGCAUCCGCCAGUCGCGCGGCGAGGCAAGCACCCACUCGCCAGAGAGCCCGACGGAGCGAUGGCGAACGACACACUACCUUUUGCUCUUGUCGCCGCGCGAUCCGUUCCUGUGGACGGGCAAGGUAAUGACUCUCCCUCUUCCCUACAUCAACGUCUCGCUCAAGGACCAGCGCCUGCGCCUCGUUGCCGACGGCCCGCACGAGAGACUGGAGCAGUGCAAGCGCAAUUUUGUCUGGCGCUUUGCUCCCCACGGAACGCGCGCCGUAAGCGGGCACCACUCCGCCUUUCCGCUGGCCACGGUGUACGAACGCAUGGCGCACUUGAGCAUGAUCCAGCACGAGCUGAAAAUGAUGGACAAGGGGGGCUACGUCCUCACCGACACGCUCGUGCAUUCCGUCCCGUUGAUCCGCCAGCGCAUGGUCGCGAUGCGCCACAAAAUUACUGCCUUGGACCGCGCCAGCUGCGACGAGCUGGUGCAUACAUGCUUUGGCAUCGCCGUCGACCAAGGCGCCCGUGCGCUGACCUACAUCGAGUCUUUCCGGCUGCGCCGCCAAAUCUCACAGGCUUUGGCGCGGCUCGCCGUGGAAUGGAUCACGUUCAUCUGCGACGACUGCGAGCCAACCGAACAGCGCACAUUUAAGUGGGCAGUCGCCGCGCUCGAAAAUGCCAUGACCAUCACCAACGGCGACAAUAUUUUCCUGCUUACCGAGAAAGAGUUCCACAUGCUCAAAACUAAGGUGUCCAGCUGCAUGGCGCUCCUCAUCUCGCACUUUGACAUUCUUGGCGCGCGCACGAAUGCGGCGCGUCUGCAGGAGGAGCAGCACGACGGCGCUGCAAAGGUACAGGAACAGGAACAGCACACCCCGGAAGAACCCAGCACGUCGAGUGCCUCUGCGCGGCGCUUUGCACGCACGCAGGCACAGGAGGAAGCGCGCCAUGCCGCGCUCGCCGAGCUCCGCCUCGUCGGCCGUGUUCUGGACGAUACGCGACUCGAGGACCAAGGGCUCCAGAUGCUCGCGUCCAAGGGUGUCCAGAUACGCUGGCAGCAAGGGCGCUUCAUUGGCAGCGGCACGUUUGGCACAGUGUACCUUGCGGUCAACCUCGAUUCUGGUGGCCUGAUGGCCGUCAAAGAGAUCCGGUUCCAGGAGCUGAGCUCUACACCGAACCUCUACAAGCAGAUUCACGACGAGAUGAAUGCGAUGGAAAUGCUGCGCCACCCCAACAUUGUUGAGUACUAUGGCAUCGAAGUCCACCGCGACAAGGUGUAUAUAUUUGAAGAGUACUGCCAGGGCGGCAGCCUUGCACAGCUUCUCGAGCACGGCAGAUUCGAGGACGAGAUGAUUUUGCAGGUUUAUGCACUGCAGAUGCUCGAUGGACUCAUGUACCUCCAUGCCAAGGGCGUCGUCCACCGCGACAUUAAGCCAGAGAAUAUCCUGCUCGACCACAUGGGCGUAAUUAAGUUUGUCGACUUUGGCGCUGCAAAGGUGCUUUCUACCAGCUCGCGCACGCUGCAGCGAAGUCGCAUACCGGGAUGGAACGCAGCGCCCGGUGGUGUGCGCGCUGGCCAAAGCCUGCAAGGAACGCCCAUGUACAUGAGCCCAGAAGUGAUCAAAGGCGAGCAGAGCGGCAGGCACGGCGCGAUGGAUGUGUGGAGCUUGGGGUGUGUACUGCUCGAGUGUGCUACGGGCUCGCGGCCAUGGAGCCAGCUGGACAAUGAGUGGGCGAUCAUGUUCCACAUUGGCAUGGCUAAACAGCACCCGCCGCUGCCAGACGAAGGCCAGCUGAGUGCGCCUGGCAUUGAUUUCCUGCGCGAAUGUUUGACUAUCGACCCGCACAAGCGCCCUACUGCCGUUGAGCUCCGCAACCACCCCUGGAUCCGCGCGCUGGUCGACGUGCUGAAUGCCAAGAGCGAGCCGGAGCCAGAGGCCGGCGCAUCGACCUCGCCGAGCGAAGGAGCCAUUUCCCCGUCCAAAACGCCUGGCUACGAGGCGCUGAUUGCAGACAAGCAGUACCGCCGCCAAGAUGCGCAGAUCAAGGCGAUGCUCGAGCCCGAGUCGCCGUACUCGGCGUCAUAG